AUGCAGCUCACGUCCCUCGCCCCUCGUCCCUCCCCGCAUCGCCUGCGCCCUCCGCUAGCACACGCGCGCCUGCACAUGGUUCCCCCUCUCCUAUUCCCCAACGACCCCCUACUCCCGCCGUCCUCCUCUCCCCCUCUUCCCCCUCCCCCUCCGCCCCCCAGCCACGGCGCCCUCGGCACGCUACCUCGCCGUCGUGUAUCUCCGGGAGCAGCUCAGCAAAGCGCGCCUCCACCUGGCUCACCCACUUCCCCCUUCCCCUCCCCCCCUCCUCUUCCCCCGCACGUUUCCCCCCAUCUUCCGCCAGCCACUGCGCCAUCCGCGCGGUACCUCGCCGUCGGGAAUCUUUGGGAGCAGCUGAGCAAAGCGCGGCUCCACCUGGCGGAAGCCAUGGCUCUCGCGCGCCACUGGGGGCGCACGCUCGUGCUGCCACGUGUCCGCACCAGCCGCAUCGGCGCCACGUGGCAUGCUCCCCGCGUAUUUGACCCGGUGCUGAUGGGGCGGUUCGUGCCGUGCGUGCGCGAGGAGUACCUGUGGCGGACAGUGGUGCCCGCGUGGGAGGGGCGAGGGGGGGCGAGCUCGGGGGAACGGGGUGGCGGCAUCCCAUGCAUCGGGACGUGUCAAGAUUUUGAGACGGCUCAAAGCCUUGCUCGCUGCAAUCCCUCCUCUUCCCCUCCUAUCCUGUCCUUCUCUCUCGGUCCAUCCCACGACAACCCAUGCUUCUCUCCUCUCGUUCUCCCCAUCCUCCUCCCCUGUCCGUCACUCCCAGCUCUCGUCCAUCCGUUGGUGGCAUGGCAGGCCAGUGAGGCGUGGAGGCGAGGGGAGAGGCAGCGAGCCCUUGUAGGCAAGGAGGGGUCUUCGACGCUCUCUCUCUGUGAGUCGACGCUCUCUCUCUGUGAGUCGACGCUCUCUCUCUGCGAGUUGAUGCUCUCUCUCUGCGAGUCGACGCUCUCUCUCUGUGAGUCGACGCUCUCUCUCUGUGAGUCGACGCUCUCUCUCUGUGAGUCGACGCUCUCUCUCUGUGAGUCUACGCUCUCUCUCUGUGAGUCGACGCUCUCUCUCUGUGAGUCGACGCUCUCUCUCUGUGAGUCGACGCUCUCUCUCUGUGAGUCGACGCUCUCUCUCUGUGAGUCGACGCUCUCUCUCUGUGAGUCGACGCUCUCUCUCUGUGAGUCGACGCUCUCUCUCUGUGAGUCGACGCUCUCUCUCUGUAAUCUCUCACAGCAGCGCCCAGCCCUGCACCCCCUGCACACCUUCCUCUCCCGCGCCUCAGUCAAGCUCCUCAAGACGUUCGUCUCCUCCCACGAGCUGCACCCCUUGCCCUCUAGUGCAACGAGUCUGACGAUGGCGCGGCAGCAGGAGAAAGUGGUUGGGCUGGGGGGCGUGCUCGUGCAACGUUGCAGCGCCCUGCCACCGUCCAAACGGGCCAGGGCUACUCGUGCUGCGGCUGCUGACGCCUAUUGCUCGUCCCACUCCGUGCUGCUCGUGCGCUCCCCCUGUAGCUUCUCCCUGUCAACGGUGAUCGCCAACGCGGCAGCAGCAUCAGACGCUGCUGUUGAUGAGCGCGUGUGGGCCCAGCCAUUCACUGCCGCUGUAUUUGAGGCACCUCAACACCUCCCUCCCUUCCCCCCUUCCCCUUUUGCCCCCUCGCCCUGGCACGCACUGCCGCUGCCGCAGCUGGCUUCACAGCGCCUACAGCACUUACUGCACGUGCUCUCGUCGUGCGCAGAAGCAGGAAAGGGACGCACAGCAGCUGAGCAGCACACUAGAGGCCUACUAUUGGCAGUGGGGGCAGGACUGGCGGCAGCAGGGGUAGUGACAGCAGCAGCAGGAUGUGGAGCAGAAGCGUCAUCCGCGGCGUCCAUGACUACAGCGUCCUCUCGCCACGCCAGCGCGCACAUGACUUCCUGCUCCGCCGCGCUCGCCACGCGCACCCACGCCGCCAACCUCUCCCCCCCCCCCGCCUCUCCGCGUCACCACGCGCAACCCAGUUCUGCCGCGCGGCAACGGGUGGCGACUGGGGGCGAGAGGAGGGGGGAGGAGGGGAAGGACGCGGGGCGGUGUGGGGAGGUGGAACGGGAGGUGGGUUGGAGCUCACACUCCCCCUCCACAAUCUCCUCCCCGUCCUUCCCGCCCUUGCGCUUCCCCUUCUUCCCCGCUCCGCUCUCCCCUUCUUCCGCCGCGCCGUCCACCACCACCGUCCCCCAUCCCGCCUCCAACGCUGCCGUCACCACCUCCUUUGCUUGCGUCAUCACCCACACCUCCUUCUCGCUCCCGUCGCCACUAGCUGUAGCGCUCGCCGAGCGAGCGCUUUCGCAUCAGUCGCUUUAG